AUGUCGUCCGAUCAAGCUGAUGCUGCCAAGGCGGCCGAGGGCGCGUCUGAGAAGAGCUUACCUUCUCGCCCUGCUAAGCAGCCCAAGGAGAAGCAGCCCAAGGACAAGUCUGCCAAGGGUGGAAAGUCUGCUGGCCUCGAAGUUGGUGUCCCUUUCUUGACUGCGGUGUACAUGACGAUACAUCUCAGGCUCCCUGAGACCCCCGAGUUCAUCCAGCACCGACUCGAUCUCUUCGAUAAGAUCAAGGCCCGACAGGACGCCGAAAUCGCUGCCAAACCUCGUGAGGAAAUCACCAUCUCGCUUCCCAAUGGCAAAGAGGAGAAGGGAACUUCUUGGGAGACCACCCCUGGCGCUAUCGCCAAGGGCAUCUCCAAGUCCCUUUUCGAGCGCACUGUCAUCUCCAGAGUUGACGGUGAGUUGUGGGAUCUGACCCGACCGCUCGAGAAGAGCUGCAAGCUCGAGCUCCUUGAUUUCGAACACACCGAAGGCAAGAAGGUCUUCUGGCACUCUUCUGCCCAUAUUCUUGGAGAGGCCGCUGAGAAACGCUUCGGUUGUUAUCUGUGCAACGGUCCCCCUACUGAGGACCCCCCUGGAUUCUACUACGAUAUGGCCAACAUGGGAGAGCAAGUCGUCACCGAUGAUGAUAAGAAGGCACUGGAGCAGCUCUCCAACAACAUUGUCAAACAGAAGCAGCCUUUCGAGCGUCUGGAAAUGACCAAGGACGAGCUCCUUGAGAUGUUCAAGUACAGCAAGUAUAAGGAGUAUUUCAUUCAACAGCGUGUUCCCGAUGGCACCAAGAGUACUGUGUACCGAUGUGGUCCCCUGAUCGAUCUGUGCCGAGGACCUCACGUCCCCACCACUGGCAACAUCAAGGCCUUUUCCGUUCUCAGGAAUUCCGCUGCCUACUGGCUCGGUGACAGCAACAACGAGUCUGUCCAGCGUAUUGCUGGUAUCUCAUUCCCCGACAAGAAGGCUCUUGAAGAGUAUAAGCACUUCUUGGCUGAGGCCGCCAAGCGCAAUCACCGAAAGAUCGGUACUGAUCAAAAGCUCUUCUUUUUCGACGAGGCGUCUCCUGGAUCUGCUUUCUUCCUACCACACGGUGUGCGCAUUUACAAUGCUUUGAUGGAGCUCAUCAAAGGCGAGUACCAAAAACGUGAUUUCGACGAAGUUAUGUCUCCAAACAUGUACAAGGCGGAUCUGUGGAAGACAUCAGGUCACUGGGGCCACUACGAGGAGAACAUGUUCACCUUCGAGGUUGAGAAGGAGAAGUUUGGGUUGAAGCCCAUGAACUGCCCUGGACACUGCAAGAUCUUUGCUCACUCCGAUGUCACUUAUAAGGACCUCCCCUGGAGGAUGGCUGACUUUGGUGUCUUGCACCGAAACGAGUUCUCUGGGGCUCUUUCAGGCCUUACUCGAGUCCGUCGUUUCCAACAGGACGAUGCUCACAUCUUCUGUACCGUGGAUCAGAUCCGAGAGGAAAUUGAAUCUGCUUUCGACUUUUUGAGCAGUGUCUACGGUAUCUUCGGUUUCACAUUCAAGCUUAAGCUGUCCACCCGACCCGAGAAGUACGUCGGUGACAUCGCUACCUGGGACUCGGCCGAGAAGAAGCUUGAAGAGGCUCUCAACUCAUUCGCCGAGAAGACGGGUGCUAAGUGGGAGUUUAACCCCGGUGAUGGUGCUUUCUAUGGACCCAAGAUCGAUAUUGCUCUGUUCGAUGCCCUGAAGCGUGAGCACCAGUGCGGUACUAUGCAGCUCGACUUCAACCUGCCUCGACGAUUCAAGCUUCGAUAUGUCGCUAACAAGGGCGAGACCGGAGUCAGUGAUGGUAGCAACCCCGAGGAGGAUCUGCCUGCCGGAUAUGCACGACCUGUCAUGAUUCACCGAGCCGUUCUAGGCAGCUUCGAGCGAAUGUUCGGUAUUCUGACAGAGCACUUUGGCGGCAAGUGGCCAUUCUGGCUCAGCCCCCGACAGGUCUUGGUUGUGCCUGUCAUGCCUGCUGCCAACGACUACGCCAAGGAGGUCCAGAAGAUCUUCCGAGCAAAGGGGCUCUACAGUGAUGUGGACCUGAGCAGCAACACUUUCCAGAAGAAGAUCCGCACCGGUCAGCUGGAGCAGUACAACUUUAUCUUUGUUGUCGGUGCCGAGGAGGCCAGCUCACGCACCCUCAACAUCCGUAACCGAGACGACCAGGCCACCCAGGCGAAGGGUGAGCUGGUUCCUAUUGACGAAGCUCUUGAGAAGAUGGUUCAGCUCAAGUCUUCGCGAGGACUUGUGAACAAGCUGUAG